AUGAUGGCACGUCAGCAGUCAAAGCUGGACUGUUUUCCAUUUUCCAGUCGAUGAAGAAGGAAGUUGUGGGCUUUUUCCUCCUCCCGCUUGAGAUCUGGACAGACAAGAAAUCCAGGACAACAUGGAGACAUUCACUCUACAUGACAUGCUCAUUAACAGCACGGACAUUUACAAAAUACUGUGUGAGUUCGCCUUCAGGAACAUAUCCGAGUGCGAGAACUCCGGCGAGCUGGGAACCCGAGCGCCAGCGCCGGAGCCGAAAGAUAUAAACCAGACGGUGCGGAUCAUUCUCUACUGUGUGAUCUUCCUGCUGAGUGUUCUGGGGAAUAGCCUAAUCAUUGCAGUGCUGGUGAGGAACCGGCGCAUGCGAACCGUCACCAACCUCUUCCUGCUCUCUCUGGCAGUCAGCGACUUAAUGCUGUGUAUCUUUUGCAUGCCUUUCACCCUUAUUCCCAACCUGAUGAAGAACUUCGUCUUUGGCAGCGGCAUCUGUAAAGUGGCCACCUACUUCAUGGGUAUCUCAGUAAGUGUGUCCACCUUCAACCUGGUGGCCAUCUCUCUGGAGCGCUACAGUGCUAUCUGCAAUCCACUAACAUCACGCACGUGGCAGACCAAAUCCCACGCCGCCAAGGUGAUCAGCGCCACAUGGCUGCUAUCCUUCUUGCUCAUGGUGCCAUACCCAAUCUCCAGCACGCUUGUGCCCUACCGCCGCACCAACAACAGCACAGGCAACAUGUGCCGCCACAUCUGGCCCAGUGACAUUAUCCAGCAGUCAUGGUAUGUGUUCCUGUUAUUGAUCCUCAUCUUGGUGCCAGGAAUUAUGAUGAUGACAGCAUAUGGGCUAAUUUCUGUUGAGCUGUACAGAGGAAUCAGGUUUGAAAUGGCUAACAGAAAGGCAAGCCAAGAGAGACAGAGCAGUACAGGAAGCCUGAAGACCGGUGAGAGUGACGGCUGCUAUCUUCAGCCCUCCAAGAAGAAGCGGUCAGAUGCGUCCACCAAUCAGCAGUCGGUACUUCUUGCUUCCAGCAGCAAACCCAAGCUGCACCGUGUGUGCAGCAACAGCCCCACAGCUAACCUGAUGGCCAAGAAGCGCGUUAUCCGCAUGCUGUUGGUCAUCGUGGUGCUCUUCUUCAUCUGCUGGACGCCUGUGUUUGCAGCGAAUGCCUGGCGGGCGUUUGACAAGCGCUCGGCUGAUCGCCUGCUCUCCGGAGCGCCCAUCUCUUUCAUCCACCUGCUCUCAUACACCUCAGCAUGCGUCAACCCCAUCAUCUACUGCUUCAUGAACAAGCGCUUUCGUCAAGGCAUGCUAGCCACCUUCUCCUGCUGCACAGGGCACACAGAUAGAGAGGCCCGGGGCAGCGGGCGCCUCAGUGCUGGACCAGGAGCAGGAGUAGGAGGAGGAGGUGGUGCACUUGGAACUCUGGGAUGUGCUGGAGGGGGAGGGAAGGAGAACACGCAGUCCAGCGGGACGCUCACCAGGCUGACAUACAGCAGCAUCCGUGGGUCAGCACAAGCAUAA